AUGACGGAACAGCCAUCUCAACCGCCGGGGGGCUUUAUCGGGGAAGACGAGCGGCCAGAGCCAUGGCCCCGAAUCUUCGACAGGGGCGAGACAUGCGAAGAUCGCGAUCCCUCGACAACGGUCGGCCGCCUCACCGAGGUACGGCAGGCGCGUUCCUCGGGCAUGCGAAUCAUGCCGGCUACGAAAAACGAAAUGCAGCGGCGAUACCCCGGUUUGCAGGCAAUGUCGAGAAAUAAGGACGACGUGCAAAAUGAAGAUCUUCUUAGCAAAUUGCAGGAGUGUCAGGCCGUACUGAAGGAGGUGGAGCUUCUCGUGCCAGGGCGCACAGCUAAGCGAAUCAAAGAUCUGUUGCAGGACUCGGAUUCCGGCUAUGUAUCCAAGGACAUGUCCAGGAGCCCGGCCUCUCGCGGAGGAAACAACCAAGAUGAAGUGAGGGGAGAGCAAGACAGCUCACCUUCCUCCGUUGGAUCACUAGAGGAUCUUGAUCAAGUGAAAGAUGAUGUCAACCGUACCGAUCAAUCCCGGGCCACAGGACAUAUCGGCAAGAGCUCGGAUAUCACUUGGAUGCAGCGUCUGCAAGAGGAGGCAGAAAAGCGCAAUAGGUCCCAUUCUGAGCGUUUUGACUUCAGCGAAAGUGAUAUCAUUGGUGAUAAGUUUGUCCCUCAUGAGGUAAACUAUCAUCUCGAUGAUUUCGAAAUAGAAGUAUCGGAGCCGGUGCAGAUGUAUUGGCUACCACCUCGGCCACUGGCGGACAAACUUUUCGAAACCUAUCUGCAGGUGGCUCAUCCGUACUUCCCAAUUAUUAAUCGUCCUUUAUUUUGCCAUCAAUACCGGACGUUUUUUGACAGUUUUGCUCUACCUGGUGAUAAAUGGAUGGCAAUUUUGAACAUUAUAUUCGCCAUUGCCGCCAAUUACGCUCACUCGGCCGGGUUAGAGUGGUAUGGAGAUGAUCAAAGUCACCUCUUGUUUCUUACCCGAGCUCGGAUGCUGAGCAUGAGCGGCAGUGACUUGUUUCGCCAUCCAGAUCUUCAGCAAGUCCAGGUGGAGGGCUUAACUGCGUUCUAUCUGCUUUCUACGGAUCAAAUAAACAGGGCAUGGAGAAUCUCUGCUUUGGCGAUACGGUCCGCAGUCUCUCUUGGCAUCAAUUUGAAGAACUGCGACCCAGCUGUUUCAAAUAUAUCCAAGGAAGUUCGCAACAGAGUCUGGUGGUCUCUAUACAUGCUCGAGAACAAACUUGGACUGAUGACCGGCCGACCUACUUGUAUUUCGGUGAAUAUGUGUAGCUCACCGUUUCCUCUCCCAUUUGAAGAAACUCAACUGCAAGAGCCAUCCGCCGCUUUGCUUCUCAAUGAUCCAGAUCUCCGAAACAAGCGCAUAGACACUGCUAUGGCAAGCUCAUUUCUUCGACAGACGCCAUUUAGCAAUUUCGGCAGCGAAGAAGACAUCCUAGCCGCUCGCUCGUGGCUGCAUAGCCUCUCUGUCAACGCUGGACUGUAUUUCCUCUACUCCUGCGAUCUCACAAUGAUGAUGCAAGAGCUUUUAGACUGCGUCUACUCAUUAAACUCUGUGCACCAAAAUUGGAAGAGUGUGAGAACCCGUAUUGAUGAACUACAAGCUAGGGUCGAUGUUUGGUUCUCCUCACUUCCGCCCGGUCUGGACUUCACGCAUGUGCACGAUGGUGAUCAAGCCCAUGGCGAGAAGAUGGGUUUAGCGUUCCAAUAUCAUAGCGCGCGAAUUAUGUUGGGUCGACCAUGCCUCUGCCGGCACACCUCCUCUCAGAGAGUAUCCGACGAGGAACAACAUUUCAGCCGUACCAUGGCUAUAUCAGCCCUGAAAUCUGCCACUCAGAUGGCGAAUCUUAUCCCAGAUGGGCCAUCCACUGGCCCAUCACAUGGAGCCCGCCCUUGGUGGUGUCUUCUUCAUUAUGUUAUGCAGGCAGCAACGAUCAUGAUCCUUGAACUUUCCUUUGGUAGUAUCCACAUGCCUGAGGCGGAGAGUAGUCUGCUGCAGUUGGCCAAGAAGUGUGUUCGAUGGCUUCACGGAAUGUCCGAGCAAAGCGUCGCUUCACAUAGAGCAUGGCAACUAUGUGACAGUGCGUUCCGCCGGCUGGCGAAACCCAUGGGAUUCGAUGUCAGCGACCUAUCGUCACAUUCCAAUCUCCAAAAGCGACACGAAGGACAUACUCAGCCUGUCAAUCAUGCGCAAAUGUGUCACCGAAUUAUCGGAGAGGGAUCUGCAGCUGGCUCUGUCGGGGGAGCCAACGCAAAUCAGCCAAUUCCCUUAGGAUCUGAUUCCAUCACCCCGGGGAACCAUCCCCCAAUUCCAUCAAACGCAGCGGGGCAUGAGAUGGGCGAGGAUUAUUCUGCUUAUGAUCCUAUCAGCGAGUUUGCGUGGUCCGCCUUCCCUGAGCUUGAGGACAGGGGAUCGUGGAUUGGUUGA